CCUGCUGGGAGCUCUACUGCCUGGAACACGGCAUCCAGCCUAAUGGCCAGAUGCCAAGUGACAAGACUAUUGGGGGAGGAGAUGACUCCUUCAGCACCUUCUUCAGUGAGACAGGCGCUGGCAAACAUGUGCCCAGGGCAGUGUUUGUAGACCUGGAACCCACGGUCAUUGAUGAAGUUCGCACUGGCACCUACCGCCAGCUCUUCCACCCCGAGCAGCUCAUCACAGGCAAGGAAGAUGCUGCCAACAACUAUGCCCGAGGUCACUACACCAUUGGCAAGGAGGUCAUUGACCUCGUCUUGGACCGAGUUCGGAAACUGAUGUUUAUCAUCGUCUUCCCAGCAGAACUGGGCUAAUGGUUCCUAUGUUUGCAAAUCAAGCUUCAGCUACAAGUACUGACUUGGAAAUCAGGACCUGCCUUUAGGGACAGGUAAACCUAGUAAAAGCCAUUGAGGGUUCUGGAGUGAAGUUCAUUAACUACCAAAACAAUUGCAUUUGUCCUUGGUGUUAUUACUGUGUCCACAUGAGGCUUAAUGGGUGAAAUUGGUAGACUAGGGCCUGCCCUGGCAUUGAUCUCAUUCAGAGUAUGGACCCACAGGAGAAGUGAACUAGGGGCUCAGUAGAGAAUGUCCAUAAAUCUCUGGGCACCUUGAGAAGUGAAGAUUGUCAACAGAAUACUUUGUUUGAAAUGACAAAAUCAUCCUUUCAUACAAUAGUCAGAAUAGCUCAGUUAACUGGCGGAAAGCCCCAGUGACACAGGGACAUGGAAUUGUGACAGUAAAUCGCCUUUCCCAGAAUGAAUAGACUUUCUGAUAACGAGUGCUUGCUGUGCUGAGCACUGUUCCGGAUACUCAUUUAAUUCUCAACAACCUGAAGUAGGUUACUAUUCUCCUCAUUUAAUAAACGAGAAAACUGAGAUUAAGAAAUGAAUUUGGUCAAAGUCACACGGCAAGGAACAGGUAGAGCCAGAUCCAGACCCGGCCUUACUCCAGCACCAGGGCAUUGGAUCUUGGCUAUUCUGUUGUGUUCCAGCUCAGAAAGCAGCUGCCGAAAUCUGUAAGACAUCCAUUGUACGGGGCUGGUGGUCCCAGGCCUGCUGUUGGUAGCUCUCCAACUGAUAAGAGGUUGCCUUUGUUCUGCGGUCACAGCAAGGGCACCAGAGGUUGCCCUCCCAGUCACCAAAACUUGAGCCCUGCAUCCAUUCCAGACCUCAUGAUUCCUCUGCCUGCAGAAGUGAAAACAGUUCAUUUAAAAUAGCCUUUUAACAGAUCCCCUCCCUCCAGCUCCCAAGAGUUGAUUGUGAAAAGUUUCUCUGAAUCACUUAGCACUUAGAAGCUCUUUAGGGCUGCUUUCUUAGCAGAUAUUGUUCAGAGGAUUUUUUUAAAGAUCUCAGUCAAUGUGAUUAUGGAAUUCAAAGAAGUCAUUGCACCUUUCACCAAGGCUAAAAUGAAAACUCCUUUCUU